CUACUCCAUAUGCAUUCUCCUAUAUAAGAAAAUCAAAUUAAAGCCAUUCUUCACUCAAAAUUAAGAAUACCAAACUCUCUUAUCUUUUAAAUUCAUCAAAAAAAUGGGAAAACUUUUGGCUGUGACUUUUUUGUUCAUGUGUUGUGUUGUUCCAAGUUUGGCCAAAGUUUAUACUGUUGGAGACUCAUCUGGAUGGGGACUUGGUGUGGAUUAUACCACUUGGGCUAGUGGAAUCACUCUUAAUGUUGGUGAUUCACUUGUUUUCAACUAUCCAAGUGGUCACACGGUAGAUGAAGUAAGUUCUAGUGACUACUCUUCAUGCACUACCGGUAAUUCCAUAACGUCCGACAGUAGCGGCGCCACCACUAUCCCUCUCAAGACCGCCGGCACUCAUUACUUCAUUUGCGGCGUAAUGGGCCACUGCAGCGGCGGCAUGAAGCUAGCCGUCACCGUGGCAGCAGCCGGAGGAAGUGGUGGUGCUACCACACCAUCAACCGGCACCACCACACCAACAACCGGGACCACCGCUCCUAAGACUGAAACUACUAAUACUACACAUCCAUCUGCAUCAGUUACUUUGUCACCAUUUAUUCCCUUGUUAAUUUCCGGUGUGGUUGCAAUAUUUAGUUAUUUUGUCACUAUUUAAUAAGCUUAGCCAGGAUAGAGGCAGUGCCACGUUGUGACCAUUUUUUAUUUCCCUUUUGCUUUGUUGAUUUUAUUUAUGUUUACUGCUUUUUACUAUUUGAUUUGCUAUUUGUAAGUUGUUGGGUUGGUACAUGUCUUGUUUUCAUUUGUGAUUUAUUGGCAUGUCAUGAUGACUCUUUUGGUAAAGUACUCCCUCCCUCCUUUCAUUCA